GGUCUCUACGGAGGCCCGUAGUCGGUCUCCAAGAUGGCGACUACCCUGGAUGUCCACGUCCGGAUGUGUAACCAAGAGAUUGUCAUAUUCGACUUGGAAGUUAAAGCGUUUAUCCAGGAUAUUCGGGAUUGUUCGGGACCAUUGAGCACACUUACAGAACUGAAUGCCAAAGUAAAGGAGAAGUUUCACCAUUUACGCCUCAGAAUACAGGAACUUGAGCAGAUGGCUAAGGAACAGGAUAAAGAAUCUGAGAAACAAGUUUUGCUCCAGGAAGUUGAGAAUCACAAGAAGCAAAUGCUCAGCAAUCAGACUGCAUGGAGGAAAGCAAAUCUUGCUUGUAAAAUUGCAAUUGACAAUUUAGAAAAAGCAGAACUUCUUCAAGGAGGUGACAUGAGGCAAAGAAAAACUACUAAGGAGACCCUAGCACAGACUUCCAGUAGCAUCACAGAAAGCUUGAUGGGCAUUAGCAGAAUGAUGUCCCAGCAGGUUCGCCAGAGCGAGGAAGCCAUGCAGAUUUUAGCAAAUUCUUCUCGAACUAUCCUGGAUGCGAAUGAAGAAUUCAAGUCUAUGUCAGGAACUAUCCAGUUGGGACGAAAGCUCAUCACAAAAUACAAUCGCAGAGAACUGACAGACAAGCUGCUUAUUUUUCUUGCUCUAGCUCUUUUUCUGGCUACUGUACUUUAUAUCCUAAAGAAAAGGCUUUUUCCAUUUUUGUAAGAUUUAUAAGACCAUCUUUCUUUUUGACAACAAGUUAUGAACCUUUUAUUCCUUUGAGGUCAGCCAGUGCUGCCAGUUCAAAUACAAAGAUGUCAGUUUUAUUUAUUCAAAUUGUUCAGUGCCUCAAAUGGAAAUGCCCUAGGUUUUGCCAGAAUUCUUUCAUAAAGGGUAGAAAGAAGAUGUGAAAGGAAACAUUGGCUUGGGAAGCUUACAAAGAUUGUGAAAUUCUGAGAUCCCCAGAUUCAAAAUUUUCUGUGACUGAGCAGUUAUGAAUACCUCUGGGUCCGCUUUCAUUUAUUUGCUAGACACCUCUAUUUUCUUCCCUCCCACCUAGAAUGCCUUGAGUUCCAGAUUGAAGAGAAUUAAAAGGAAAGAAAGAUGGAAUGGGAAGAAAAAAUAUAGAUUUUUUUUCAUUACUACUUAAUAAAUUUGAUAGUAUUACUGGACUAAAAAGCAAUCUUGUAUAAAAUGUCACUAUGGAACUAUGCAAACUAUAUCUUUAUGCUUUUAGCUUCAUAAACUUUUAGAAAGAUUUCUCUUCAAAAUUGCCAUGAAGAGGGGUUUUCAAACCUAGAUUAGACCAGGAAUGUGCAGAACAGAUUAAGAGUCUGUCCCACUCUAUAAAGUCAAAAUCUGAAAGAUCCAAAACUAUUCAUCACCAAGGAGAGCAAGAUGGAGCUUGGAAACCAAAGAAUAUUUAAGUUCUUCCUGGUUUUGAGUUCCAUAAAAAGUCAGUGAAGUGGGAACUGGGUGAGAACACUCCUAAAGAUGACAAAAUCUUCCUGUCCUGCAGAUCUGACUGGCCUUUUGCUUGCUAGUUCUUUCGUCACCAGCUUUCCUGAUAAUUUAUAGCCUCAGGCUCAGGAGUGAGGCUGAAAGGAGCCUGCACACAUCCCCUCCACCCUGUUACUGCCAUCUCUAGGGCUGUCUGGCACCUCUAGCAUCUCAGAAAGUAAAAAUAGACAAGCAGGCUAGACCAAGGCAGCAAAAACACUAAGUUGGUGAAGUAAGUUAAAUGUAGCACAAUUUUAGCAUUAGUAGUUAUAAGGCUUUGAAGAAGCUACGAGAAAGUAAUAUAUCUGUAUUGUGAAAUGUUAAUAUAAAUGUAAGUCAUUAGUAUCAUCCUUGAAUCUAAUUAUCAAAACAUGUAGCUUCUUUGGUAAAGUCUGUAAAAUCAUUGAUAAAAUUUGCUUCUGGUUCCAUAAGCCACAUAGCAUCUAUUAUGAAGGUUACUAUGUCUCAGUCAGUAAUUCAUUAUUCAUUCAUUAUGUUUUAGUGAGAGAGAGGACAAUUUCUAGAGAAUGUUUACAUACAUAUAGGUAUAUACUGCUAACACACACACACACUUCCCCUCCCCUCCCUCUUUCUCUCCCUCUCUUUUUCUUGUCUCACUCAACUCUCAUAUAUACUCUCUGCCUUUCUGUCUCUCUCAAUAUUCACACAUUCUCUCUCUCUCCACCUGACAGCCUUGCUGUUUAAGCUCACAGAAAUGACUGUGCUCAAAAACAGGUUUCCUAAGGGUUGUCAAAAGGAAAAAGUUGUCCUAAAUCUUACAAAAAAUGGGAAAAAGCUAUAUGUGUAAAAUUACCUAGCAGACUGUAUGUGUGUGUGUGUGUACACACAUAUAUGUAUGUGUUUACACACAUGUAUAUAUUUAUACAUACCUUUCAUACUUGAUAGUAAAUGAUACAAUAUGUAUGCCUAUGUAUAUAAUAUGUAAUAUAUUCAGAUAUAUUUUCCAAUAAAAUCUUGUUUUCUCA